AUGCAUCUUCCGGCCCUCGCGCUUAGAUUUCUACUGGCUUUUCUCCCGACCAUCGCCGUCGCAUUGACCCACAAAGGCGUGGACUGGUCCUCUCUGCUGGUCUCCGAGUCUGCCGGUCGCUCAUUCCAAGACAUCAAUGGCCAAACUCAACCGCUCGAACAGAUCCUCACGUCAAAUGGCGUCAACACGGUUCGUCAGCGCGUUUGGGUGGGCUCAGGGACCACAUACAACCUCGAUUACAAUCUCCGUCUCGCACGCCGUGCAAAGGCUGCAGGGAUGAAUGUGUACCUCACGUUGCACUUUAGUGACAACUGGGCUGAUCCGGGACAGCAAGCAAUCCCUGCCGGCUGGCCGAGAGACAUUGACAACCUCUCAUGGAGACUAUACAACUACACCAUGGAGGUUGGGAAUGCCUUUGCCGGCGCCGGCAUUACUCCAUCCAUCAUUAGCAUUGGGAACGAGAUCCGAGCGGGGCUUUUGUGGCCUACCGGCGACUACAACAACUUUUACAACAUGGCCAGGCUUCUUCAUUCCGCUAGCAGUGGUAUUAGAGAUAGCAGACUGGGUAGGGCACCCAAGAUAAUGGUGCAUCUCGACAAUGGCUGGAACUGGGACACGCAAAAGUGGUUCUACGAGAGUCUGCUCAAGCAGGGACCGUUUGUCCCGGGAGACUUUGACCAGAUGGGCGUUUCCUUUUAUCCAUUUUACGGCGCCGACGCAACAUUGGCCAACCUCAAAACAAGCCUGACCAACAUGGCAAACACGUGGGGCAAGGAGAUCAUCGUCGCCGAGACCGACUGGCCUACCUCGUGCCCAUCUCCACAAUACCAAUUUCCUGCAGACGUGCGCAGCAUCCCCUUCUCUGCCGACGGUCAGACGCAAUUCUUCCGCCGCGUUGCCGAGGUCGUCUCGGGCGUGAGGGGUGGGAGCGGGCUCUUUGUCUGGGAGCCUGCGUGGAUGGACAACCAGGCUCUCGGGUCGUCUUGUCAAUCAAAUACCAUGUUUGCGUGGCCAGGAAAGGCGUUGUCGAGUAUGAGCGUGUUCAAGUCGAUCUGACUGUAAAGGUUCGAGGCAGGAGUCCCCAUACAGUUCUAAAGCUUAUGCUUUUGCUGGUAUGGAGAUGAGCCAACAUGUUCCCGGGCAUUCAGAGGGCAAAGUAGAUUCUCAUCAGAGCCAAGCAGGAAAUGAGGAAGAGUGUUUUGGAGCUUCCUCCCUCCUGUAGAGAUGCUAUACAGUUACUGAGGCCUUGCUUUACUUCCAGCGUUAACACUUUGUCUUGCAGCCCCUA